GUCAACUGCAAACAUAAAGAGGAAAAGGGACUACAUUGUCUGAGAAAUGGACCUGGAUCCCGGAUUCUAUCGGCCGGUGGAUGUCCAUGCUCAUGCUCAUUAUAUCGUUGCCUUCUUUGUCUUGGUGAUUGGAACGUUGGGUGUUACAGGAAACGCCUUGGUCAUGUACGCCUUCCUCUGUAACAAAAAACUACGGACUCCUCCCAACUUUUUCAUUAUGAACCUGGCAGUCAGUGACUUCCUCAUGGCCAUCACGCAGUCACCCAUCUUCUUUGUGAACUCCCUCUACAAGGGCUGGAUUUUUGGUGAAACAGGCUGUAAGAUUUACGCCUUCUGUGGAGCUUUGUUUGGAAUAACUUCCAUGAUAAACCUCCUGGCCAUCUCUCUUGAUCGCUACAUUGUGAUCACCAAGCCUCUGCAGGCCAUUCGCUGGACCUCAAAGAGACGCACCUGCCUCAUUAUCGCCCUGGUCUGGCUGUACUCUCUGGCCUGGAGCCUCGCACCCCUUUUAGGGUGGAGUUCGUACAUACCCGAGGGCCUGAUGACCUCAUGCACAUGGGACUAUGUGACAUCUACUCCUGCCAAUAAAAGCUAUACUUUGAUGUUAUGCUGCUUUGUAUUCUUCAUCCCUCUGGGCAUUAUAUCCUAUUGUUAUCUGUGCAUGUUCCUGGCCAUCCGCAGUGCAAGCAGAGAUAUUGAGAAGUUUGGGUAUCAGGUGAGGAAGUCAACGCUGAUCCAACAGCAGUCCAUCAAGACUGAAUGGAAGCUGGCCAAGAUUGCCUCUGUGGUCAUCAUAGUGUUUGUGCUUUCCUGGUCGCCCUAUGCAUGUGUCACCCUCAUCGCCUGGGCUGGAUAUGCAAGCUUCCUCACUCCCUAUUCAAAAGCUGUGCCUGCUGUUAUAGCCAAGGCAUCAGCCAUCUACAACCCUUUUAUCUACGCCAUCAUUCACUCUAAAUACAGGGACACCAUGGCAGAAAAUGUUCCCUGUCUUCACUUCCUAGGAGAGCCCCCCAGGAAGAAGUGCAUAUCAGUGUCACACAGCGAGUCCUCCCUCAGGGACUCGAUGCUGAGCAGACAGUCGUCUUGCUCCAAAAACAGGUUCCACAGAGUCUCCUCCAUGUCUACGGCCGACACAGUUUGGAGUGACGUGGAGCUGGACCCUAUUGAUGAGGGCUAUAGUCGGAAGUCCAGCUAUUCCCUUGGAGCUUUGAGGGACAAAGAUCCAAAGUCAUUGGCUAACCAUUCCAAGGGAAAGGGAAGCCACAGCCAGGAACAGAUCCACAUCCCAAAGAGAGUCUCAUCCAACAGAUGUGAUCACACCCUAUCGCUGGAGUCUGUCAACACAGUAAUGCGCCUGGCCAUUGGGAGGAGAAUGGAGGAGAAUCCUGAAAGUUUGAAUAAAGACAAGAACCAGGAAGCAGAACAAGAUAAAGACGAUGGGCAAGAACAGACUCAACAAGAUCAGAAGGAGAACGGUGAGAAGGAGCUGGAAGUCCUCCUCCAGCCAGACUCUCUGGACAAUAUCGCGUAUGUGCACUCCCAAGCAGUCAUCAGACUCGACCUAAAGAAAGGCCCUCUAGACCCUGGCUAUUGUGAGGAAAAACAAAGCUCACAGAGUCUGAAGAGAGAACUGUUGCUCCAUUUGCAGCCUCCAGACUGUUCUGCUCAAGAGUUUGAGUCCGUGCAGAGAUUUCUAUAAGCUAAAUGUUUAAAGUGUUUAUUUGUCUAUGUGUGAGCAGAAGAGUAAAGUUGUUUUUGUUGUUUACGAAUGUCUUUUAAGUCGCUUUUAAACUUUUAUCUCAAGCGUUUAGCAAUACAGUGCAAUCAAAUUCCUUUGUUUAAAUGUUUUUAUGCAUUCGUAUAGAAAUCUUACAAAUGAAAUCUCGACUUUAAAUAACCUUCAAAAUAAGGCAAUUUUAUUCUAAAAUGCACCUGUGUCUAAGGGGCCAAACACUUACUGUAUAACAAGAACAAGUAAUUAAACAACCAUAUUUAUUAUCAAUUAUCUUUAUUUAUUUUAUUUUAUGAGAAAGCAAAUAUAUUCAUGAGUUGACUUUAUAUCCACCUUUUGUUCAUUUAAAUGUGGUUGAUAUUUGAAUGUCUAUAAUGCACAAUUAGCAAGUUAAUUAGUCUAUUAUGCCUUUAUAAAUCUUUGCAGAACUCAAUAUAAUACAUGUAAGGCGCCAGCAACUGGUGUACGUUUUCUGAUAUAAUGUGCUGUAUCAUGCGAUAUAAAACCGGUAACUUUCAUUCACUGCAGCUACUCUGAAACCAGAGUUACAUGUUUGAUAUAAAGUGUUUUGCUAACCAAAGGGAGUCAUGUUGCAUAAACAGCUACCAUGUGCCAUAGUCAUAAAGACACUUGAUGCCCUGAUGUAUCUUCAUUUAUCAUGCGUUAUGAUUUUAUAAUAAGGAUUAAGCCUGCAUGUUCUCAGGAACAGUAUUAGCACCGCAACAAUCACUGACAUUUUGCACCUUCUCCUUCUUUGAUUACUGCAUCUUUGUUGCUUCCGGUGCUAUUGUUACAUUUUAAACUAUGGUCAUUCAUGUGUGUGUUUGUUGUGAGAAAUAAACUUCUCAUGUAGCUCUCAACACAUGUUUCUGCCCAAUCGCCUACUGUAUAAAGCUUGAAACGCAGAAUCUCUU